AUGGUUCAGUUAGUUUAUGUUGUAGCUAGCUUACAUGUGUUAUUGUGUCCGUUUACAAAAGUAGAAGAAAGUUUUAAUAUUCAAGCGUUUCACGAUAUUUUGUAUCAUCGGCUUAACCUAUCAGAGUACGAUCAUAAUGAAUUCCCGGGUGUAGUGCCGCGCACUUUUAUUGGCCCACUUAUAAUUUCGGCUUUAUCCUCACCUGUUGUUGGGAUAUUGCAUUUAUUAGGCAUUAAUAAAUUUUGGAUGCAAUAUGUUGUAAGGCUUACUCUGGCAUUAACUAUAAUAGCAACAUGGAACCGACUAAGAAAUGCAUUACAAAAACAAUUUGGAAGUACACUCACUUGGUGGUUUACUUUAGUCAGUGUAUCACAAUAUCACUUUAUGUUUUACAUGAGCCGUCCAUUACCUAAUAUCAUGACAAUGCCUCUUGUACUGUUGGCAUUAGAAGGAUGGAUUGCUGGAAGACAUAAACAAUUCAUAAUAGCAGCAGGUGCUGCUAUUGUUAUAUUUCGAGCCGAAUUAGCUAUGCUAUUUGGUUUAUAUAUAAUUAUAGACCUUUAUUUCAAGAGAAUUGAUGUAGUAAGAUUUAUAAAAAUUGUAAUUCCAGCAGGAAUUGCAUUAGUGGCAUUAACAGUUAUAAUUGACUCUAUAUUUUGGGGGCGCAUCUUAUGGCCAGAAGCAGAAGUCUUUUGGUUCAAUACGAUUUUAAACAAAAGCUCUGAAUGGGGUACUUCGCCGUUUCUCUGGUACUUUUACUCAGCCCUGCCUCGCGGUCUUGGUCCUAGUAUUAUCUUGCUACCUAUAGGGUUAUACCUUGAAAAGCGUCUUGUACCCAUCAUAGUUCCUGCUCUUAUUUAUAUCCUUCUAUUUUCCUUUCUACCGCAUAAGGAGCUUAGGUUUAUUAUAUAUGUUUUUCCUUUGCUCAACAUAUCAUCUGCUGCUGUUUGUUCGUACAUAUACAUACGACGAUCUAAAUCACCAAUUUACGAACUUCUAUUUUGGGGAACAGUUAUCAUCAUAGUUUGUAAUGUAAUGUUUUCAUUAGCAUUGUCUUUAGUUGCAAUGACCAACUAUCCAGGUGGAAUAGCAAUAACGAGGUUCCACAAACUAUUAAAAAAUGAGCCCAAUGUUCAUGUACAUAUUAGCAAUUUGGCAGCGCAGACAGGUGUCACAAGGUUCACUCAAAUACAUGACCAUUGGUCUUACAGCAAAAAUGAAUCACUUAGUGGUGAUCAACUGCAAGACUUCACUCAUCUUCUUCUUGAAGCUAAAAGUAAAUAUUCGUCAAAUUUAAAGGCGUUUUCUCAAACUCACACCAUUUUAGAUAGUAUCGAAUCUUUUUCACAAAUUACAGUUACGUACAAGCUUAUACCACCUAUUAAAAUAAAGACAAAGCCAGCUAUUUUUAUUUUGGAAAGAAAAAAUUUCCGCGACGAUGCCUUCAAUUUAGAAACUUUGAAAAGUAAAGACCAAGAUGAAGAAUAUCUAGAGAUAGUUAAUAAUGGAGAUAAGCUGGAUCAAAUGGACAUAGAAAAUGAGAUGUAUAGUGUCUAUACAAGUGAAGAAGUAACUGAUAAGUCUCUAGAACAUGCCAAAGACGAGAUGGACCAAAGUACCAAUGAGUCAGAGAAAAUAAUUGUGGAAGCUACAGAUGAAGUUACAGCUACAGUUGUCGAUACCCCAGAACAAAUGGUCACAGUAGUUGAUGAUGAUGAUGAUAUUAGAGAUGAAUUGCAAGAAGAGUUAGAACAUUCUCGAACUAAACCAGCAGCUAAGGUUAAAAGAGUAUUAGAAGAAGCAAAGGUUACGGCUAGACAUGAACGAAAGAGAAAAGCAAUAACAAAAAUAAAAUCGGAAACACGCAGGGAAGUUGUAGCUUCUGCUAAAGAAAAAUUAAAAGAAAUAAUGAAGCGACACAAACAUAUCGCUGUUGAGCUAACGGAAAAUAACAUAUCAGAUACCUUUAAGGAUGUCGAUGGUAGGGGUGACAUACCAGAAGAAGUGCUUGAAGAAAUUGUACCUCAAGUUGAGGAAUUAAACUUAGUCCCUACCGAAACUUAUGAUACAAAGUUACCAGAAACAAUUAGCGAAAAUGCUGAAACAAUUAAUAAUAUCAAUAUAAAUAUUGAGUCUAUAGUAGAGGAGGUAAUAGUGCGUUUGCAUGAAAGAAAAAUUUACGAUGAUAAAACUAAACCAGAGGAUAUUAAAAAUGAAGAAAGGGCGAUGAUUCAAAAAAUUGUAGAAGAAAUUUUAUCAGAAAGGAUGAAUUAUAAAACGAUACAUGUAAAAAAGAGUGAAAAUAAU